AUGGAUAAGCUAACAACGUUUAAAUUCAACAAUAGUCGAAAAUUAUUCGGAUUAGCCAAGAAGUUACAUGAUUCUAAGUUCUUUGAAACCUUUUUAAACGAAUCCCAAUAUAAAAUUUUGGAUUAUAUAAUAAAUCUUGAUGAUUUUAAAUUAUGGUAUAAUUUCCUUGAAGGUGAUUGUUUCGUUAAAUUCACCAAGUCUACCGGAGAUGACUCCAACGAUGAAAAGAAGGAAUCAUCAAAUGAUGAAGAUGACACUCCUGAAAUUCAAUUUGAAGAAGGUUCAAAGAACAUUAAAAUGUUGGCUCUACAUAUAAGAUAUCUAUUAUGGGAAAAAGCCAUUGAUUAUUAUUAUACUGCCAAAGAUUUGGAUACAUCAAUAUAUAAUAUUGAAGAAGUGACAGAUGAUUUUGAAUUAAUAGAUACUCUUGAUGAUCUUCCUGGUGGAGAUAAUGACGGAGAAGCUGCUCAAACGGAUAAUAUAGAAAAGUCAGCCCCAGCUCCUGUGAUAAGAGAAGAAGAAGAUGAUUAUGAUGAUGAUGAUGAUGAAGAUGAAGACGAGGAGGAAGAUAAAAAGAAAGAAUCUGAAGAUGUGGAUAUGAAAGAACCUGAAAGUGAAGUAUCAGAAUUAAAAUUCAAUGAUGAUAAUCAAGUCAUUUUAGAAAUACCGAUCAGUAUAUUUGCAACUUCUACUCCCAAUAAUUCAUCUACUGAUGCUAUUGAUUCGCAAACAACUUCUAAUCAAGAAAGUAUAUCAGCCGCUACAUCACAAAUUCAAAAUAACAAUAUCACUACUUUAUCUAGUUCUGCAUCAACAACCAUCAACAAUAAGACAUCUGCUAUUGAUGAUCAAGAUAAAUUAAUCAAAGAAUUUAAUAAAGUAUAUCAUAAUUUCGAAUAUGAUCGAGAAACUUUAAUCAAAAGAAGAAAAUUAGAAAAAUCAGAUUUACAAUUGGAAAAUUCAAAAAGUACUAAUAAUGAUAAUAAUGGUAAUUUAACCACAGGAGAAGAACCCAUGGCAGGUAUAAAUCUUGGAACAGGUAGUACUAGUCUUCAACAUUUAUUGAACACCAUUAAGCUGAAGAGAGAAGAAGUUUCAUUAAAUGAUCAUGAAUUAAGAUCACUUUUUAUGGAUGUUCGUAAAAAUAGAGGUAAAUGGGCUAGUAAUGAUAAAGUUGGUCAAGAAGAAUUGUAUGAAGCUUGUGAGAAAGUGGUGCUUGAAUUAAGAGCUUAUUCUGAACAUUCUACUCCAUUUUUAAAUAAAGUAUCAAAACGUGAAGCACCCAAUUAUGGAUUAAUCAUCAAAAAACCAAUGGAUUUAAAUACCGCUUUGAAAAAAUUAAAAUCAUUUGCCUAUAAUUCAAAGCAAGAAUUCGUUGAUGAUUUAAUGUUAAUCUGGUCUAAUUGCUUAACCUAUAAUGCUGAUCCAAAACAUUUCAUGAGGACCCAUGCUUUAGCCAUGCAAAAGAAAACUCUUAAAUUGGCUCCUACCAUCCCUAAUAUAACAAUUAGGAAUAGAGCUGAUAUUGAAAAAGAAGAAGAAUUAGAAGAAGAGAAGAAUGGUGGUGGUGCUACUCCGUUAGAAGCUAGUGGUAAAUCAAUGAAAAAGGGAAGAAAAAGUUCAAGACAAGAUCAAGUUAAAGCAGAAGCUACUGAACCGGGUACUCCAAUUUCAUUAGGUCCCUCAGUGGUUGAUUCUCCAAGUGGUACAAAUCUUACGUCUGAAACUCCUGCUGCCGAAGGUAGUGCAGUAGUCGGAAAUACUACUAAUGGAGAUGAAGAUGAAGAGGAGGAAGAAGAGAAUGAUAAUUUAAAUGGUGAUAGUAAUGGUAUUAAUGAAGAAGAAGAUGAUGAAUUUGAUCCUGAAUUAUUGGCUUGGAGAUCAUUAACUUCUAAAUCAAGAGCUAAUUAUUGUUCUCAACGUGCUGAAUUAUUUGAUGAGAAUUAUCAUCUUCGUCCUGAUGCAGCAGCUAUUAUAAGACAAUCAAUUGAAAUGAAAAAUUUCAAUCAAUAUUUAAGCAAUAAAGAAGUGAUUUCUAAAUCUCAGAAUUUAUUAGAGAAUGACGAACCAUAUUUAUUAGAAUAUGAUUUAACUGGUGGAAUUCCUGGAUUUAAAUAUAAUGGGAUUAAUGAAGCUGAAGAAGAUUUGAAAGAACAAAAAAUGGCUGAUAUCUUAUUACAACAAGUUGGCGGUGAUGCAUCUAAAUUAAAAUCAGCCUUUGUAUUACCACAAGAUAAAGGAUUAAAUAAAGUUUAUUUUGAAAAUAUUCAUGAAAUUCAAGAAAUUAGAAAGAUUUGUUUCAAGAUAUCUCUUAUUCGUCAAAUGCAAACCCAACAAUUUGUCCAUCAUACUCAAAUGAAACAACCUGAAGUUGAAGCCAUUAGAGAAGUUGAUGUUGAUAAUGCGUCCAAGUUACCUAAUCAUGAUGCGUUUAGUGAAGAUGUUCAAUUUGCCGUAUUAAGAAGAAAUGUGGCCAAGAUUGCUAUGCAAACUGGGUUUGAAAAGACAGAACCAUUUGCUGUUAAUACUCUAACACAAUUAGCAGAGAAAUAUCUUAGUAAUUUGAUUAAAUCCAUUAAAUUACAUACCGAGAGUAAUUCAUCUAAUGAAAUGGAUGAAACUUCGAUAUUGUUAGUAUCAUUAUUAGAAAAUGGGGUUAAUAAACCUGAUGAUUUAUAUACUUAUGUUCAAGAAAGAAUAGUACGACAACUGGAAAAGCUUGUUGAUCUUCGAGCCAAAUUAUCUAAUUUCCUUAAAGAUUUAUUAAGACCUGGUUUAGAAAACUUUAAUGAAAGAAGUUUUGAAGAUAAUAGUGAACAAUUCAUGACAGGUGAUUUCUCGAAUGAUUUAGGAGAUGAUUUCUUUGGAUUUAAAGAAUUAGGUUUAGAUCGUGAAUUUAAUAUGUUAAGUUCAUCAAUUCCAAUUUAUUUAUUACAUUCCAGAUUACAUAAUUCUUAUGCUAGUAGUGGAGGAGUUAGUAAGAGGAAUAAAUAUGAAGAUUUGAAAGAUUAUACUCCACCAUAUUUGACAGCUGUUGAUGUUGAUAAACAAAUUGGAAUUUUAAGACCAUUCUAUAAUAAAUUGAAUGAAAAAUCCAAAGCUCAUUAUAUUAAAGUUCAAAAGAAGAAAGGUGAACCAUAUGAUUUACCUGAAGAUAGUGCAUUAUUAUUAAUUGAAGAUGAUGAAUUACCUCAAAAACAAAGAAACAUAAGACCAAGAUUACCUCCAACUGGUAGAAUCACUGCCAUAAAGAAGAAAAUCAUUGCUAAUUCAUUCUUUUUACCUGAUUCAGAAGGAGGAGAUGAACCAGUGCUUCUUGCCUUAGAUGACAGAUUAAACAACCUUGCAGAUCUUAGUACUCCAGAAUUACUGGGUCCUGAUAUCAAAUCUCCAAUGAAAUCAGCCAUUAAGUCAGAAGCUUAA